AUGAUGGAUGAAGAAGAGGACGAUUUCUACGAUCCUGCAGACUCGGUUCCUGCUGGACAGGUACCCACUCAUGCCGACAAUGAAGCUGCACAGCAACAAACAGACGGUUUUGAGGAAGAGGAGGAGGUUGAGGUCGAGGACGACGAUGACGAUUUCAAUAUCAUCACAGAGGCACCGGCCGACGUGCCGCCUCAGGAAAUAUCCCAUCCACGCCAUACAAGUCUACGACAAGAGUCUCAGCGACCACCCUCAGCGGAUCCUUCAAUAGUGUCAAAAUCGGCAACACCUUCCGGGACUCCGCAUCUCGAUGUGUCGACCCCUGUGCCCCCGGCCGCGGGAACUGCAGCUGCCUCGACAAAGCAAGGCAUGCCUCUCAGACCGGGAUCGUCCUAUCCAGCUGUGCACACUUCCACGAUUGAUGUCAAUGGGAAUCCAGUGCACCCAUCAACGGGAAAGACGAUCAUGGCCACCGAUAUGGACGCAGACUUCCCAGCCGACGACAAGCCUUGGCGACGCCCUGGGACCGACAUGACCGACUUCUUCAAUUAUGGAUUCGACGAGUUCACAUGGGUCAGCUACUGUCUGAAGCAACAAGAGGUUCGGAAGGAAGUGGGAGAUCAAAAGAAACAGAUGGAAGAUAUGACUUCAUUCUUGGGCAUGGGGAUGCCUCCGAUGCCUGGUGCGCCUCCGGUCCCAGUUGUACCUGGCCCUGGCGCGCCACCCAUGGCAGGUAUGCCGGGCAUGCCGGACAUGAAUCCCGAGAUGAUGCAGGGCAUGCUCGCCUCCAUGAUGUCCCAGGGGCUGGAUCCAUCCAACAUGGACCCGAUGGCUUUCAUGCAGCACGCGCAGUCAAUGAUGGGGGGCCAGUCAGGGCCCGGUCAGCAUGGCCAAAAUGGCUUCGGGGGGCAAGGGCAGGCUCAAAACUAUGGUCAGGGUGGCCAGGGCCAAAUGGGAUAUGGAGGCUACGAUCAACGAGGAAAUUAUGGAGGCGGGCGCGGACGCGGCCGAAGAUGGUGA